AUGAGCCAAUGUCAGACAUCGGCACCUGGACGAUACAAAUCGAAUUCACGGCCAUCCGAGACUUCUCGGGCGCUAAUAAAGGAACCAAGAUCUGAGCUCGAAACCUCGUCAUGGGUGAUGAGUAUCGCACAUUCUCUCUUUUCUCCGCCUGGCACUUCUGAAUCUGACUCGCUGGGUAUUAGGGAUUAGUUAUCAUUUGCGUCGUGAGAUACGGUAUCCACCGUUCUCGACUGUCAAUCAGAUCUUUGUUGGCUCCCCGACAGAUCCAUCCUCUAAUUUACUAGGUAAGGUAGGUAUUUCAUUUUCCCUUCCUUUUUUUCUUUAUCCAUGUGCCUUGGCGGCCCUGCCCUGGUGCAGCAGCCGCUCGAUUCCCUGUGGAUGGACCCGCCCGUCUGGAUCACCAAUUUGGCUUCGAAAGGACGAGCUCCGAUUGUGUUGCGAUGCUCACCCCUGUCGAUGCUUCAGCCUCGAGACUCUUCCCAUCGCAGCUAGCAAGUGCCCAGCGAUGCUCUGAUGUGAUAAAAGCGUAGACGGAUCGUAAUUCUGGCUACCAAGUGCCAGGAACUGGACCUGCCUUGGCUAAUCAGUCAUUUACGUUCAACGCCUAGGUAGUUAGCCGAUGUUUAGGUACUGCUUCGAGUUGAAUAGGUAGGUAGAUACUUGUUAAUUGAUUAACUGGCUCUGGCUUUGCCAACGGCUAAGCAUGGUACGUCUUCCCCCAUUCUGCUGCACCGUGCCGUGGCACUAUAGGAGGAGACUGCAGCACAAUGCCUGGGCGACCUUGGCAUGGAAAAAGGCAUGUAAAUAGCCCAGUAUGGUUUGGAUGCUAGGGUUUCUUUGAAGAGGGAGCUGCCACGGGUGUGUACAAGAACACCAGAAUCAGCUAGGGUAGACCAAUGGAGAACCACGAGGAGAAAGAAGGGGAAUGGAAAACAAGGAACGGGGAGACAAAUGCGGUGCCCAACUGACAACAUCCCAUCUUGCAUCUGAUGGCGCCGAUUGCACGGAAGACAUGCUCCGUGAAGUCUCAUCAGCAUAAUAAGUAAUC